UUGUCAAGUCUCUUCAAGGCAUUGUAAGAGUAAGCACCACCAGCUUCUCCACCCAACUGAAAUCUUCUCCAUUAUCUUCUUCAUAUCGAAAUAAUUAAACUCAUACUCAGCUAAAAACAUCUCAUCUUGAAGUUCAACAACGUCUUAAGGCUCUCAAGAUUCAACAACUAGAUAGAGAAAAAAAAAGGAGUUAAGAGGACUUUUAACAUCACAAUUGUUGAAAUGAGAACAGUAUGUUCAAAUAUACAAGGAAAAUCAAAGAAAGCUAACUAGAGUUAAAAGUAUAUUAAUCUCUGGUUGAGUUAUGCUUUUGGGACCACAAGGAGGAGCCUUGUGCAUCGCUGGCCAAGAAGGACGCUUUGUCCAUUUGUGAUUGCAAAAGGAGCGUUUGGUAGAAGCAUUAGGUCUAAGGAGUGUCUUGCUAUAAGAACUCUUGAAGACACACAAGGUAGGAUGUCGCAAGCCAAGCGGCCGAAAGAGAGAGCUUAAGAAAACAAUGUAGAUCUAUGGAGGGAGAAACAAGGGGGUUUUAGAAACAAGAAAGUGUAAGCUUUGGGUAGUUUCUUAAGUAGUCAAAUGAUGAGAGACAAUGAAUCUUAGCUAGUGAAGAGCUUUAGACAAUCACUUGUAUCAUUUGUAAACACCUUCUUCUUCAUAGUGGAGUUGGGGAUUUGUUGAUCCCGACCGGAUGUAGUGGCUCGUUAACGCCAUGAACCGGGUUAACAAAUCACUUGUGUGCUCUUCUUUCUUCUCUUUCUCUGUUCUGUUUCGACUUCUUCUUUGCUCUGUUUUUGCUGUGAUCUUGCGUUGAUGUUUAUUGCAUUGCUUUUAAGCUUGAGGUGUUGUAGAGGUGUCGAAACUUCAACAACAAUGUUUCGAUAUGUGUUUUCAAAAGUUCAUUGUGGAUCUUAGGUUUCACAAGAUUGGAUAGAAGCAGCCAUGACAAGUCACAAGUCUGAUAAUGACCACAUCAUUCCCAGGUUCUGUCACUACAUGUAAGAAGACAAAUAACCUGUCUGUUCAGAGAGCCUUUAGGGUGACUUGUAUGCAGACAGAGAAACCGUUGGAGGAGUUAUACAAUGUUAAAGUGGAAAGGAAAGUUUCAAAGAAACGGUUGUAAGCUGAUCUUUUCUUUAACGCUCCUUAUAUUGUUUCAAGGCCUAUGGUGAUGAUUGAUCCAACUUAGACUUUUGAGUUUAGAGAGCCAAGAAACUUUACACUUGUUGCGUGUUGUUGUAGCCUGAUGGAUCUUCUUGUGAUAAUAUAAGAAAACAAGUUCUCGUUUGUUCUGCA